GAGCACGGAGAAAAGGCUCCCAAUGUUGUUUACAAAGGCAAGGUUGACGAUGACUUUUAUAUUGCUGUGAAGCGUUUCAAUAGGUCGGCUUGGCCCGAUGCUCGCCAAUUUAUGGAGGAAGCCAAGACGGUGGGACAGCUGCGCAGUGAGCGCUUGGAAAAUUUGAUUGGGUGUUGCUGUGAAGACGAUGAGAGACUCCUUGUUGCCGAGUUCAUGCCUAAUGAGACUCUCUCUAAGCAUCUUUUUCAUUGGGAUACCCAGCCUAUGAAAUGGGCAAUGAGAGUGCGGGUGGCUUUGUAUCUGGCACAGGCCUUAGAAUAUUGCAGCAGCAAAGGGCGAGCACUAUAUCAUGAUCUUAAUGCUUAUAGAGUCUUGUUUGAUCAGGAUGGUAAUCCAAGACUCUCCUGCAUUGGUCUUAUGAAGAAUAGAAGAGAUGGCAAGAGUUAUAGUACCAACCUGGCUUUCACCCUUCCGGAAUACUUGAGGACAGCUCAUAAUUGA